AUGACCUCGCUGUACGUCUUGAAACUCCACAAGGGAUCUACGGGUUUUAGUCAAAAAUUGCAUGUUCACGAGGACUACUUUACACCAAAUAACCGCACUGAACUUCUAAGAGUUAUCUUCGCUUCGAAUCUCCACAAGGCAUCUUUGGGUUGUAGUCGAGCAUGGCAUCUUCCCGAGGACUUAUUUGAGCAGAAUUUCAAAGAGGCACCUUUUUCUCAUUUCAUCGUCUCGAAGAGCCCCACUCCCUUUUACAUGUGUCGUCAUGGUAUUGUGUUGCAGUGCAAUACACUAAAAUAUCUUGUCAAAAUCUCGUUUCUACGACAACAACUCGUCUCCGACAGCCUCACUCCGUCGUCCUCCUCGUCACUAGUCGACAAAAAAGUCAGCAAAACAUAA